CAAUAUGAGAGGUGCAGCAGCGACGAGUGGAUUUCUGUAGUCGGCGAAAGAUUAUUCGAACACAACCUAAAACAUAAUUCAUACCAAAAGAUUUUAAAUACACUCCCUUUGUAUUGUCUAUCUCAAAUCAUACAGAACAGGCAACAGCUUUGCCCUCGACAGAGCAAGUUGAGUGGCUUAUUUUUGUCUUGUGCCAUAAAGCACUGUGUCAGUUCGUAUGAAGCUUUUUUGUCCAUAAAGACUUGAAUAAUGUCAACGACAUCGCUGGACAAAGAGCUGCAGGAGCGUCUGAGAGAGGCCAGUGGCAUCGGGGACAUAGACGAAGUGAAGAGUUUAGUGGAGAGCGGAGUGAACGUCAACUCACAGAACGAGGUUAACGGAUGGACAUGUUUACAUUGGGCCUGUAAAAGAAACCACAAACAGGUAGUGGCCUAUCUUUUGAAUGCUGGAGCCGACAAAGAAAUUCUAACCGCGAAAGAGGAGUUAGCCGUUCAACUCACAUCCAAGCCUGAAAUCAGAAGACUACUUGGAGUGGAAGAAGAAUACGUGCCUGAAGUUAAGGAGCCAGAGCUGCCGAUCAUUCCAAACUAUCUUUCCAACCCGCCCUUCCUGUACAGCAAGAUGGAUAAUGAUAAUCUGAGCAUAGCACAGCAUGUGUCGCAAAACGGCACCAACAAUCACUCGGAGCCUCUGGAGUCUGAACCAGCUACUUUGUCCCCAACACAAGAGCAGCAACUUCCACCUCAACAUCAACAGCCCAAGAGCCUUUACACAGACACCCAGAACCAGCAAGAGUUGCCCUACAUCCCUGUUAUGGAGCAUAAUGGCAUGGUACCAAACCUGGUGGUCAAUGGCACCCUGCCCAUGGAGCUCUCCACAGACACUCAUCUCACCAAUCACUGCGAGUUUUCUCACCCUCAUACUAUAGCACAGAAUGGCCCGGUGUGUCCCACGCUUUCUUCUCCCAGCGGGAGCACUAGUCAGCCUAAGGUUCCCAACGCCACAAUCACCCGCCAGCAGUCAGUCCCGCAGCAGAUCAACUGCUCCCAGCUCGGUGGCUCAGUGCCUGCCUUCCAACCCUUCUUUUUCACCAGCACUUUUCCAGUCAAUGUACAAGAGCUAGUCCUGAAGGUGCGGAUCCAGAACACUAAUGUGAGAGAGAACGACUUCAUCGAGGUGGAACUGGACAGGCAGGAGCUGACGUACCGCGCGCUCCUCCGGGUCUGCUGCCGUGAGCUGGAUAUCAGCGCCGAACAUGUGGAGAAGAUCCGCAAACUGCCCAACACCAUGCUCAGAAAGGAUAAAGAUGUGGCACGGCUUCAGGACUUUCAGGAGUUGGAGGUGGUGCUGGAGAAAACGGAAGGCUUGUCGCUGUUUUCAGGGGGUCAGGGAGGACUGACUGAUAGGCCCUGCUACAACAUGAAGGCCUCCAGGCUCACCUACUAGCUUCACAGUAGUGUCAGCUUAGGGCAUGCUGACUCGCUGUCCAUCUGGGACUGUCACUCAUUUUGGAUCCCAAAGCAAGCUCCCGUCUUUCGCCCAUUUGGGUCGGAAAACCGUUCAAGUUCAUAAUAACAUAUUAGCCUUAUUCCUCCAAGUUUACAUAUUCCAAUCACUCAUUAAAAUAUGAAUCUUUAGUGCCUCCUUCUCCAGUGUAACCAUAGACAGUUUGAUUUUCACUCUUGAGAGGCUUUGAGAAAAUCACCUCUCCUCAUUUGAUUUGAUUUUUAAAUGCAUUGACCUCAUGAUAUGUGCUGGGAACAUAUUCAAAUUCACCCAUUUGCAUUGUAUCUUUCCAUGGCACUUACUCAAAUUUGUCUCGCUACCUUGCCUUCAUAUCGGGUCACUGUGUGAGAGUAGGUGCGUUCGGUCACCUCUGAUUGGUUGAUUGAUCACCCAGCCCACAAUACAUUCACAAUACUCAACUAUUUUAAGAGUAUUGUCAAAUAUGCUGCCAAAGCACUCAUUCAAUUAUUUCGACUUGUAAAACACAUUGGAAGAAGCCACAAUUUAAAUAUAUAUUCCGUAUAAAUACAGACAUGCUUCGAAAUGAAGAAACAUUUUGUUGCCAGACAACUCUGUGCACUUUAACAUCAACAAUGACACAAAUCUGGGGAACACUUUCUUUUUAUAUAACAAUUUCAGUGCUGUAAUUCAAAUGCUGGAUCAGUCAUUGUAAGCCAAAUAAAUCGUUCGUCAAACUCUUCUUUAUACUGUAUGCAUUGGCUGUUGGGAAUAGACUGUAUGAUCUUGUAUGAAGGCAAAAUGUCCCUUGUUUCUCUUGAACUAAAAAAUUUAAAAAUGUAGCUCAAGCUUUCUUAUAUUCCCCAUAGAAGGUGUUUAAUUGGAGAUAUUUAUCCACAAAGAGCUUCCAUCGGUUCUCAUAUUGACUUCCCUUGACAAGGUUUGGCUCUGUGUAUUUAAUUUAAGAUAUGUAAUACUGGCAUUUGCUGGAUCUCUAUUUAAGGUAGCCCAGUAAUAGUAGUGCCAUUUUAUGAAAUGCAAUAAAUUUGGUUCGCAGUUUGGAUAACUAAAAACUUUGGGCAAAUGCUUGAGGUUAGAGUUAGAGGAGAUGCAUAAACUCUACGUGGUUGUAAAUUAGCCUUUUGACUCGAUAGAGGUUGUGUUACUGUUAUAACAAUACUAUGAAGUCAUAAUUUCUAAAGAUUUGUCUACUAAGGAAUUGUUUUUAGUUUUGUUGGGGGGGGUUUGUCUAACCGAGCAUAUUAUAAUUUAACGUUUGUUAAUGUUAUUAUUGUUCAAACUUAACAUUAGCCCCUCGAAAAGACGUUGCUAAAUUGUUACUUUUUUAAAUGUGAAUAUUUUUAUUUUAGUAUGAUAUAUAUAUAAAAUACUCAAAUUUGAGGAUUAAAAGAAGUAUUAUACACUUCCGUUUAAAUGA